GCGGUAUUGUAAAAUAGUCAAUUGCGCAACACAUCGCAAUUCACACACUCCUUUAACUAGCAAAAGACCAAAACAUAGCAAACACCUAGAAAAGUAGGGAAUUGAACGACAUUAGGUUUUUUCUAUGGCUGCACGAGAGGAAAAGAACCAAGAAGCCACUAUAUACCUGGGAAAUUUAGAUGAGCGCGUAACCGAUUCAAUUCUUUUUGAGCUGUGUUUGCAGGCUGGUCCUGUUGGAAACAUUCACAUUCCAAGAGAUCGUGUUCGGAAUAGCCACAAUGGAUUUGGUUUCUGUGAGUUCGUAAACGAACAUGAUGCUGAAUAUGCAUGCCAAAUUUUUAAUCAAAUUAAGCUCUAUGGAAAACCAUUGCGGGUGAAUAAAUCGAGUCAAGAUAGAAAUACUGGAAGUUUGGUAGGUGCCAACCUUUUUAUCGGUAAUUUGGAUCCUCUGGUCGAUGAGCGCGUUUUAUACGAUACAUUUUCUGCUCUGGGCCAAUUAAUAAAAACACCACAAGUUGUUCGCGAUGAUAAUGGUCGCUCAAAGGGUUUUGGAUUUGUAAAUUUUGAUAGUUUUGAAACCGCAGAUGCAGCCAUUGAAGCAAUGAACAAUCAGUUUUUAAUGAACAAACCAAUAACUGUUUCUUAUGCAUAUAAACGAGAAGGAAAGGGUGAACGACACGGUGAUCUGGCGGAAAGGAAAUUAGCUGCUGCCGCUAAAAAAAACAAAGUUGCAAUUACUCCACAAUCUACACUUCCUCCUGGAUUCACACCUGCUGCUCCUUCUUCCAACCCUGCUUCCUCUGGAUCAGCUACUCCCAACAUUGCACCCUCUGCCAUUCCUCCUCUUCCUGUUAUAGGAGCUAAUGCAACUCCACCUAAUGCUCCCCUUCCCGGUGCAAUACCAUUUGCAACUCCGCAGAUAUAUCCUCCAAUGCCAAACAUGGCUCCCAUGAUGAAUAUGCCCUUUAAUCCUGUCGGUUCUUCUAUUAUUCCUCCUCCUCCUCCUCCUGGAAUGAUGAUGAGUUCAACACCAUCUACCGUUUCUGUUCCUGGCAUGCCACCAAUGCCAACGUAUCAACAAAUACCAUCGCAAUCAAAUCAACCCAGAAGGUGAUGAUACUAUACUGAUUAAUUCUUAUGAUAUCAAAAAGCCAAUGGACAGGGGCAAUGCUACCCUAGCUUAAGUGGUGCCCGUGUUUGUAUACUAGAAAUCUUCGUUAAAUCUCUUACUGAUAUGGUUUGGAAAACAAUAAAACAUACUAAUAGACUCACGAUUAGAGCUAGCUACUCAUCCGUUGAAUUACGAAUUAGCUAUCCAUCCAUUUUGUAUAAUACACUGGAUUUCUUUCCAAGUAAUUUAUUUAGCUAUACUCCACAUAUUAUUACAGUACACUAAUAUAUGCUUCGUUACGAG